CGGAGUUCAAAUGCGGCACAUUGGCCCAGCUCUUUGUUAUUUGGAAACUUCGACCUAUCAACAGCCUUUCCAUUUUCCAACAUUAACUUUCCUUCCUCCCUUGGGAAAUGCCAAUCGUGUAAUUAGAACCCAUCCUCGACCUAACUUAACUGUUAAGUUGUACGGUUUAUUUAUUUUAUCAUUGAAGUUCUUUCUCCCUUUAAUUCUCCCUUAAUUCUCCUUUAACACGUACGUACGUACGUACCUACCUACAUCAGAAAGCUUCAAUCCCGACACGAUGGCGGGCGAAUUGCGCUUCGACGACCAAGUUGUUGUCGUCACCGGCGCUGGUGGUGGCUUGGGUAAAGCAUAUGCUACCUUCUUCGCUUCGAGAGGCGCCAAGGUCGUUGUCAACGAUCUCGGAGGCUCCUCUAAGGGGGAUGGCAACUCCACAAAGGCUGCCGAUGUAGUUGUAGACGAAAUCAAAGCUGCUGGCGGCCAGGCCGUGGCCAACUAUGACAGCGUUGAAAAUGGCGAUAAGAUCAUCGACACCGCUAUCAAGGCAUUCGGCCGAAUCGACAUACUACUCAACAACGCUGGUAUCCUACGAGAUGUCAGCUUCAAGAACAUGACGGACCAGGACUGGGACCUGGUUAUGAAGGUACACAUCAGGGGUUCUUACAAGUGUGCUCGUGCCGCCUGGCCGCAUUUCCGCAAGCAGAAGUACGGUCGCGUCAUCAACACGGCCUCUGCUGCCGGCUUGUUCGGCAGCUUCGGCCAGGCCAAUUACUCGGCUGCUAAGAUGGCUAUGGUCGGCUUCACCGAGACCCUCGCCAAGGAGGGUGCCAAGUACAACAUCAUCUCAAACGUCAUCGCUCCCAUAGCUGCGAGCCGCAUGACCCAAACUGUUAUGCCUCCGGAGGUCUUGGAGAACCUAAAGCCCGAUUGGGUUGUCCCUCUUGUCGCCGUCUUGGUUCACAAGAGCAACACCAAGGAGAAUGGUGGCAUUUACGAAGUUGGUGGUGGACACAUGGCAAAACUGAGGUGGGAGAGGUCGAGCGGUCUUCUCCUGAAGGCAGAUGACAGCUAUACACCAGGCGCCAUUCUUAAGAAUUGGGACAAGGUUAUCGACUUCUCAAACCCCCAGUACCCCAGCGGUCCCAACGACUUCGUAGGACUCCUUGAAGAGUCGAUGAAGCGAGGUCCCAACGAGCAAGGUGAGAAAUUGGACUUCACCGGUCGUGUCGCCUUGAUUACGGGUGGCGGUGCCGGUAUUGGACGCGCUUACUCGCUUGGCUUCGCCAAGCACGGUGCAUCAGUCGUCGUAAACGACUUGGCGGACCCCGAUACUGUUGUUGAGGAGAUCAAGAAACUGGGCGGCAAGGCGGUCGGUGUUAAGGCAUCCUCUGAGGACGGUGAAAAAGUCGUCCAGGCAGCCAUUGACGCCUUUGGUCGCAUUGAUAUCAUUAUCAACAACGCUGGUAUCCUCCGUGACAGGGCAUUCAGCAAUAUGGAUGACAACCUUUGGGACCCCGUCCUGAACGUCCACCUCCGAAGCACAUACAAGGUCACCAGGGCAGCUUGGCCUCACUUCCUCAAGCAAAAGUAUGGACGUGUUGUAAACACUACGUCAACCAGCGGUAUCUAUGGCAACUUUGGACAAGCUAACUACGCGACAGCGAAAAGCGGUAUCAUUGGUUUCUCGCGCACCAUCGCUCUCGAGGGUGCUAAAUACAACAUUUACUGCAACGUAAUUGCUCCUAAUGCCGGAACCGCCAUGACUCGAACCAUAUUACCGGAGGAACUAGUCCAAGCCUUCAAGCCCGACUAUAUUGCUCCCCUUGUUCUCGCUCUCUCUAGCGACAAGGUGCCCAAGAACCCGUCAGGCUACUUGUACGAAGUAGGCAGCGGUUGGUGUGGCCGGACGAGGUGGCAGAGGUCAGGAGGUGUCGGCUUCCCGAUAGACGUUAAGCUGGUUCCCGAAGAGGUUGCCAAGAACUGGGAAAAGAUCGUCAAUUUCGACGACGGCCGAGCAGACCACCCCGAGAAGGCCCAAGACUCGGUAGCGAAGAUCAUGGCUAACAUGGAAAACAAGCGAGGGGCAUCUAAGGCUCCUACCGAAAGUAAUCAGUAUCUCGAGGCCCAAAAGAAUGCCCUGACUGCCAAGUCCGAACCCACCGAGUUCACGUACACGGAACGCGACAGCCUGCUCUACAACCUGGGCGUGGGCGCCAAGCGGACUGAGCUGGAGUACGUGUACGAGGGUCACGAGAACUUCCAGCUGCUGCCGACGUACGGGGUGAUACCGCAGUUCGACACGGCCAUGCCGUUCAACAUGGACGAGUUGGUGCCCAACUUCUCGCCCAUGAUGCUGCUGCACGGCGAGCAGUACCUCGAGGUGAAGAAGUACCCGAUCCCGACGGCCGCGCGCACCAAGAACUUCGGCCGCCUGAUCGAGGUCGUCGACAAGGGCAACGCCGCCAUCGUCAAGUACGGCGUCACCACGGUCAACGCGGAGAGCGGCGAAGAGCUCUUCUACAACGAGGCCACCAUCUUUUUGAGGGGGAGCGGCGGCUUCGGCGGCCUGAAGAAACCCGCUGAUAGGGGCGCCGCGACGGCGGUGAAUGCCCCGCCCAAGAGGCACCCGGAUAUUAUUGUCGAGAGCAAGACUACGGAGGAGCAGGCUGCUAUCUACCGACUUAGCGGCGACUACAACCCUCUCCACGUCGACCCGGGCUUCGCCAAGAUGGGCGGGUUCAAGGUGCCCAUCCUGCACGGCCUGUGCUCGAUGGGCGUGGCGGCCAAAGCGGUCUACGAGAAGUUCGGGCCCUUCCGCAACGUCAAGGUACGCUUCACCGGCACGGUGGUGCCCGGGCAGACCCUGGUCACGGAGAUGUGGAAGGAAGGGCCCUCUAGGGUCGUCUUCCAGUCCAAGGUCAAGGAGACGGGUCGGGUGGCCAUCUCAGGCGCCGCGGCCGAGCUCUUGGAUGGCGGCAGUAAGAACGGGGGUAGGUUGUGAAUCCGCCUGGGAGAUGGGGCCGGGUGGUUGUGGCUGUGGGAGGGGAGGGGGAUGUGCUGAGGAGAGGAGAGGAGAGGGGAGGGAGGGAA